GGGCGGAUUGGUAGGCGUGGUUUCUUCCGAUCCGAGACUAAAGUAGAAGUCUGAAAGCCCCAAACUUCUGUUGUUGCUCUUUCUUUGGGAAACACCAUAAUGAAGUCGCUUCUCAGCAGCCUCUUGCAGCUCUGGCCUCGAGCAUCUGUUUCGCUUCUGCCUCGAACCAUGCCUGAGAGAUUUUGGGGGAAAAACCAAAAUGUAGCCUUGAAUCAUGCAUACCACACAAAAGGAGACAACACCAAGCCAACUGAGCGGUAUCCAAUGCCCAAUAAGAAAGACCUACCACACGAUAUAAUAGAACACCUGGAAGAAGCAGAAGUGACGAAUGGGUUUUUGCCCAAUGUGUUUAAAGUGAUGGCUAAUCGACCAGAAGAAUUUAGGGUAUUCUUCGCCUAUCACGAUGUCGUCAUGCACAAGAAAACAGGAAAGCUAAGUAUGGCUGACAAAGAGCUCAUUGCUGUGGUUGUGAGUAUUGUAAACCGUACUCCCUACUGUGUAACUGUACAUAGUGCCUCACAUCGGAAGUACUCCAAGAAACCAACUUUAGCAGAUCAGGUGGCUGUGAAUUGGAAACUGGCUGAUCUAAGUGAUCGAGAAGUAGCCAUGCUUGAGUUUGCCCUUGCUGUCUGCAGAGCAGAUAACAUAACGGAAGAGCACUUUCAAAAGCUGGAGGCACAUGGAUUUGACCGAGAAGAUGCCUGGGACAUAGGCUCCAUUUCAGCAUUUUUUGCCAUGGCAAAUCGCAUAGCUCUCUUCACAGAUAUGCGUCCCAACCCAGAAUAUUAUAACAUGGAUAGAGAAAAAGACAAGGUCCAAUCUUCCAAAUAAAGUUUGCUGGUAUUUACAAGAAUAUUUGCUCCUCAGUGCUAUGGAUAAGUCUGGCUAAUGGACUGCAGCACUUUCUAUCACAUGCUAUACUGUACUAUCAAAGUUCUGUACUAUUUGGUUGAUGUAGCCCGUCAUGCUUACUUUCAUAUACUUAAAUAUUUUCUCACUUUAGAGAAUCUAAUUCUAAAAAAUGGGGCUGGUUUUAUUUUUACCUUAUUUAUAAUAAUAUUGAAACCUAACUUAAUCCUGUUGCAUCUCUGAGCUUUUCUAUUUUAAUCAAAAAUGUUGAUUUUUUGGGGAGUUCAGAUUGCAGGUUGGGUUAGUAACAUCAUCUUAACUGCUGCUCUAUAAUUACACUGAUCAGAAUACAUAAUUCUAUCUAUAACAGAUUUGAGAUGAUUAGUCAAUAAUUUUGACUUUAAUAAUGAAGUACAAAAACGUACUAAGCAAUUUUUCCUGGCUUUAAAAUGUGUAAUUUUAGAUUUUUGACAUGAAUCAGGAAUAUUCUUCCCUCGAUGUUAUAAAUUACAUAUGCAUAAAACAUCUGUAAUUAAAAUAUAUUUGAAUUAUGGUAAUCCUUGAUAAAACAUUUAAGCCAGGAGAUUUCCCAUUUUCAAAAUGUUGAAGUCUGCUAUUCUGUUUCUGUAAAUGAUGAACCUGUGUAUUGAAUAUCUGUGUUGAUAACACUGGUUAACUCCAAUAUAUAACUCUUAACAAUCUCUGAGGUUGGGAUAGUGGCAAAUAUCUGUAGUUCGAGUAUAGGAUGACACUUACCUGACAUAACCCCCCCCCCCACUAUCACAAGACCUACUGACUACACAAAACCCUUAUAAGCAGAAGAACAUUGACAUCGACAACCCCUACAUUCUGCUGAAGAUGUUACCUAGCCUGCUAAGGAAACAUUCAGAACCAACCCACAAGCUCGGAGAACGAACCUCCACUCUCAAACAUAUAUGCAUCAACUUACAACCAUUUGUUUAAUGGCCGUUCAAAGUUACAAUGAUACUGAAAAAAUUGACUAGUUCUCACACUUAGGACCAUUGCAGAAUCUCCACAUUCAUGUGAUCAUGCUUCAGGUGCUUAGCAACCAGCACAUAUUUACAAUGGUUGCAACAUCCUGGUUUGUUUUGCAACCUUCCUAGGGAGCUUCUGACAAAGGGGGAAGCCAAAUUUGCUUCACAACUACAUGAUUCACUUAACCGUGGCAAAAAGGUCAUAAAAUGAGGCAUGAACCACUUAACAACAGCCUUGCUUACCAAUGGAAUUUUCAGAUUCGAUUGUGGUUGUAAAUCAAGGGCUAUCUAUAUAGUUCUUCAAAAAUCUUGAAUACUAAGUGCUAUUAUUGGUAUUGUAAGUAAUUGUUUGAACAUAAAUAUAUUGAUUUCAUAAAUCACUUAUCUUUUUAAAAUUUAUUUUCUAAUAAAGUACAAAAUCUUAUUUUUGCUUUCAAUUUAGAAGUGGUAUUGAAAUUUUGUUUAAGUAUUUAUUUUAUGAGUGUUUAUACACCUUUGGGGAACUGUUUUUAAUAGUUGGCUUAUGAAUCUUUAAUUUCUAGAUUUUUCUUAGAUUUUUUCUUUUUAAUUAUAUUCCUCUAACCCAUUGUUCUUCACACAAUGAAUUAAUAAAUAAAUGCUAAUAAAUUCUAUCCUAAUUUGUUUUCCAUGUUAACUUCCCUCCUUCUAAAGAAUUACUUAUUAUCUCAUAUAUCUCAUGUACAUAUAACUUAAUCCUAAUACAAACAUAUUUUAAUACUCUUCUAGAUCUUUUACUUAUUCAUUCUAAAAAGUAUUUAUCAAUAACCUUUUUUAUAAACAAUCUUCUUUCAUUUGUGAUCGUCAUUUCCAGCGUGGCCAAAUCUCCAAGUUUGUUCCUUGAGUUUGCACCAGAGGGAGCCUUUUUCAAGUUUGCUUGUAUUCCUAUCCUGAAUAAUAUAAAUUAUUUCUCUUCCAUUUGGUUGCAAUAUUAUACGUUUAAAUAAAAACCUUCACUUCUAUUAAAUCUUUUCCAUCCUUCUGAAAAAGCCUUAAAUGUAAUCGUUU